UCCGCCGCAGAGGAGGACAACUGACGGAGACGCAUCUGCUCAAAAUGGCCCAACACCAGGAGGUGGAGCACAUCGCCAAAAACUUGGAUAAAAUGGUGCACAAGAAGAAUACGGACGGAGCUCUCGACCUGCUGAGGGAACUAAAGAACAUCAAGAUGUCUCUGGAGACCCUGCAGUCCACUAGAGUUGGGAUGUCUGUGAACGCGGUGAGGAAACACAGUUCAGAUGAAGAAGUUCAGACUUUGGCCAAAGUUCUCAUCAAGUCCUGGAAGAAGCUGCUGGACGGUGUAGAGGGGAAGUCGGAGGAAAAGGAGAAGAAGAAAGACGGCUCUCCCGUGAGGUCGCCGUCCACCUCCAAGGACUCCGGCAGCAGCGAGAAAAGAAAGAAGUCAGGGGAGUCCCCCACCCCACCCUCCAUGCCAACGACACCCACCCAACCCACCCCACCCACCUCCCACACGACCCCAACCCUACUCCCUCCGGCCCCCACCACCACCCACAGUGUGCGGAACAAGUGUCGAGAGCUGCUGGUGGCAGCGCUGCAGACUGAUGAUGACCACAAGACCAUCGGAGUCCACUGUGAGAAUCUUGCAGCACAGAUUGAAGAGGAGAUCUUCCAGGAGUUUAAAACCACAGAUAUAAAAUAUAAAACUCGUCUACGAAGCCGCAUCUCCAACCUCAAGGACCAGAAGAAUCCCGACCUGCGGCGUAACGUGCUGUGUGGGAACAUCUCGGCGCAACGCAUCGCCUCCAUGACGGCUGAGGAGAUGGCAAGUGCAGAGCUGAAGCUGAUGAGAGAGAGUCUGACUAAAGAGUCCAUUAGAGAGCAUCAGCUGACGAAGGUCGGGGGAACUGAGACGGACAUGUUCAUCUGCAGCAAGUGCCGUGGAAAGAACUGCUCGUACACACAGGUGCAGAUCCGCAGUUCUGACGAGCCCAUGACCACCUUCGUGUUGUGUAACGGUUGCGGUAACCGAUGGAAGAUUUCGUCCCUUCCCCCUCUUGUUUACAUCUACUUCACCUUCCUCCCUCAAUAUCAGCUCUCUCCUUUCCUCAUCACGUUGUCUCCUCCCUCUAAGUUUUUCCGGGCCCUCCCUUCCCCCCUUACUCCUGGCUCGAGGUCAAGGUGAAGUCACUACUUUCAUGCGCUGAUGAUUUGUGGGAAGCGUCUGUUGUUAGUGGUUCAGUCCUUUGAGAAUCUGAAAUAUGGCAUGAGGCUCUGACAUUUUUUAUUUUUUAUUAUCUCCUUUAAAGAUAUAUAUUUAUAUUUCCUAAAUAUGCGAUAUCUAUUUUAAUAUAACUUGUUUCAGCGGUGAAAAUAUUAUUGUGUUUUGAAAUCACUAUCAGUGUAACUUUGUUUUAGCUUUUAAUGAAGACAUCAACAUAUGGUUUAAAAAUAAAAAUAAAAAAUGUAAUUGUUAAUUGCAAUCUGCUGCAAUGUAAGCUUUAAUUAUAAGUAGAGAAGUGAUGAAUCUUGAAAUAAUCUUUAAUCGCAAUCUUUUUUCUUUUUUUACAGUUCUGUUGAAGAGUCUGUGUGUGUGUGUGUGUGUGUGUGUGUGUGUGUUAUUCUAUCAUGAAGCAAACUGAAUUGAAUUUGGAUGAAAAGAAAUCAUUUAUUUUAUUUUGUCUAAAAGUGAAAGCCGUUGAAUAUGAUAGUUCAUGUUGUGUAUUUGGUUUCAUUUGUUUUGUUUUGAGCACUUUCUUACGCUAGAUAAAGCUUUAAGCCAGAUAUAAAUCACAUUUAGGCCUUAUGGAAAUAGCAGAUGUGCCUUUCUUUGCCAUGUUGUGCUGCCGCAAUAUUUUGCCCUUAACAUUUUUAUUAAAGUGGCUCUUGGAUUAAGAUCCCUUUCCUGCACUUUCUUCUUUCUGUCUGGCUUGUUUGGAUUUCGUAGUCAUCUCAAUAUUUCUACUGCUUGUCAACAGAUUUAAAUAAAAAGUAUCCUCUACUCUU